GGAGUAGCAGCUUAGAGACAAAUCCUCUUUCCAGUUCCUGUAUCAGAUGUCCCACUGAUCAAACUGUUGUUGUAGAGCGCGGUAAGGGAUGUGCUGUGGUAUCCUUACCCACUGUUCGAACUUGUGCUGGACUGCUCCAAACACCCGGACCUGUACAGGUAUCCUUGACGUUUGGACCGAAGCCUGGAUCACUAAUCACUGAAGGUGAUUAUUUUAUGCAACUUCAAAUCAAGAAAGCUGGAGAUACAGUACAGACGUGUCAGUUCUGGUUAAAAGUAAAAGUUCAAAAAUGUCCAAACAUCGACAUCCCAGAACACGGAUUAAUGAAGUGUACAAAUGGCACCGCUUGGGGUAGUGUUUGCAGCUUUAUAUGCAUGCAAGGAUACGAACUCGUCGGGAGAUCGCCUCUUGUUUGCGAAGGUGACCAAAAUAAUGUCCAGUGGACAGAUGACCCGCCACUAUGCUUAGAAAAACAAGAAAUUCCUGUAAUGAUUGAGCGUACACGAUGUCCUCGACCCAAGGAUCUCCCGAACGGAAUGGUUCAGUGCGAACCUGAAGCCGAGGAUGAGACGUAUUCCCUGGGUACAGUGUGUCGGUAUUACUGUAAAGAAGGCUACGAGAUUCUGGACGAACAGAUCGCCAAUAGAGUCAUUGCCUGUCAAGGGUCGACAUGGAACAGUACACAGGAAGUAGAGUGUAAAAUUCGAAGAUGUUCAUCCAUUGGUGUCCCGGAUCGUGGAAUGAAAACGUGUACGAAUGGAAAUGCUUGGAGCAGCACGUGCGUAUUUCACUGUAUGCCAGGGUACGAAUUAAUCGGUAGACUGUCUGUCACGUGUGAAUUGGGCGGAACCGACGUCCAAUGGUCCGGCGAUCCACCAUUAUGUUUAGUGAUGGUUGAACGGCCUCGGUGUCCCGAACCCAAGGAUCCCCAGAACGGAAUGGUUCAGUGCGAACGUGAAGCCGAAGAUGAGACGUAUUCCCUGGGUACAGUGUGUUGGUACUACUGUAAAGAAGGCUACGAGAUUCUGGACGAACAGAUCGCCAAUAGAGUCAUUGCCUGUCAAGGGUCGACAUGGAACAGUACACAGGAAGUAGAGUGUAAAAUUCUAAUGGUGAGUGAGAAAGAAGUUGAUACAGACAGUGAACAGUACCGAGUAAGUUCCAGAUUAGCUAAGUGUAAGAUUACAGCUCUAAUGGUGAGUGAGAAGAAAGUUGAUACAGACAGUGAACAGUACCGAGUAAGUUCCAGAUUAGCUAAGUGUAAGAUUACAGUUCUAAUGGUGAGUGAGAAGGAAGUUGAUACAGACAGUGAACAGUAA